AUGGCUGAUUUGUGUGGAACUCCUAUGCGUCCUUCCGAUAGUUGGUCGUCGACUGAAGUUCGUAGUCUUCAACACUCUCAUAUGUGGACAAUUAAAGGAUUCAGUCAGUGUGAAUGUCGAUAUUUGGAGACAUCUCUACGAAUUAAGGAUUCGGCGGUUUUCUCGUGCACUAGCGCCAAGUUCAAGGCUAAAUUCUCUGUGUUCAACACAAGGAGUGAGGAAGUGCCUGCAACUGUCUAUACGGGAACUCAGCAGUUGAAUGGAUAUUUUGAAUACAUUCGUCGUGAUGUUUUAAUCGGCCAUAUACAGCCAAGUGAUGAGAUUCAACUUCUUUUGAACUUGACCAUUGUUUCUGAUACAAUCACUAAGAACAGUCAAAAUGUUAUAAGUCCUGUGGUUCCUGAGCCUCGCCCUUCUGAGUUGGCUAAAGAUUUGGAACAAAUGUUUGGCGAUACUAGACAUUCGGACUUUACUAUUAUUUGUGAUGGCGAUAAAGAACAUCGUGAAUUGCCUGCUCAUAAAGUUGUUUUGGGAGCUCGUUCACCAGUUUUCGCUGCUAUGUUUGAACCUCAUACAGAAGAGGCUCAAAAAUCGGAGGUUCACUAUAACGACAUAGAUUUUGAGGUUAUGCGGGAGAUGCUCUUCUAUAUGUACAGCGGGACUGCACCAUCGCUUCAACAGAUGGCCUUGGACUUGCUAGCUGUUGCUGAUCGCUUUCAGUUGAUUGGACUUAAAGAAAUGGCAGAUCAAGUACUUCGUAAUGGACUUUGUGUUGAUAAUGUCUGCAGGAAUCUUGUAUUGGCGGAUAUGCACAACGCUUUGGAGCUUAAACAAGAUGCUUUGCGUUUUAUUGCGCAAUAUUCUAAUGGUGUUAUUGUUGGUGUUUCCAGGAGUACUUGUUGUGGAAAACGUUUAUUGUUUUUGUUUAUUUUUGUUUAUUUUUUUUUUUUUUUUCCACAAUAA